UGAUCAGGCAGCCGUCUUUUUUCAUGAAUGCAGAAUGGCGAUGCCAGAAUUGCGGAAGAUCUCCCUACUCUAUCUCCCAUCCUGGCACUCCUGCUCAGGAGCCUUUGAGGCGCACUUUUCCCAUCGAGAGCGCGCUGCCUGAGAAGGCGGCGGACCUGGCAAAGAUGCACCAGGAGUGCCUGAAACGAUUGUCUGCCAUGUCUGGCCAUCAAGACGGUAGUUGUGGAAUUUGCAAUGAGUCGGAGAGGUGCAAUUGUGAAGAAGUCUUCAGAGACUUGGAGUCAAGUCUGCAUCGCUGGCAGAGCCUUCUGCAGCGUUGGUCCAACAGGACGAGUGCUUGGUGCAUCGAGGCACGCCGGGUGCUUCAAUCAGAGGCUGCACCGUCUACGCAGGCUGCGCAGACUGCGCCGGCUGCAUCUGAGCCUUCCUGCUCUGGCACCGAGCCGCCGUGUAUGGAGUACUGAGUGACGCAGCGCAGACACGGCGCUGACGCGGACCGUGCCGCGUUCGAAGGGGAACCGCAACGAGACUGCGAGACGAUCUGGGAGCUGGCAAGGUGCUUUGAGGGGCAUCCGACAUGGCGCCUGGGCCGCUAGGGACUGUGGGAUUAGGUACCUAGCCCUGCCUGGCAAUGAGGGAGAAGGUGCCUGG